UUGCAACGCUUAGCCUGAAUCUCCGGGCGUCUUCGCCGUCGUCCUGAACGGUGGAUGAAGUGAGGGACCAAAGAUGGUGUAAGGUGGGCCACAACGGAGGUUCCGAGUUGCCAAGUUCCAGUCUAUGGUAAAAUGCUCAGCAAAGGGACAUCAUGGUCGAAAAGAUGGGGGCUUUCCUGAAGGCUUCGUCUCUGGCCAGUCUUUUUGAAAGGUCAUCAAGCGAAUCUAUCAGGGGCGCUACCAUGGAGGCAUUGUUGUCCAGUGCAGACCAUGCAUUGUUCAGACGUCUGCUGGCAGACAUAUCAUUGAUAUCUGUGGAGGAGAACAAUACGAGCCAGAUGUAGAUGGCAACGACGACGGUAAGAAAAGAACAAUGAGUGAUUCCCGCUUGUCUGGCUGAUCCACUGAAAUUCGGGAGUGGGUGCUUGUCUGCGCUUCUUGCCGAGAGAUCGAUCGAGCGAAAGCGGCUGCGUCGCGGGCUAUGAGCGCCUUCUUGCUCACUGUUCUGCACGAUGAGCACGAAGACAACAAACAGCGAGCUCAACGUCUCUCUCGAGCCUCACCUCGCAGAGACGUUGCGGCCCUUGGUGUCCCUUCUGCCCGAGGAACUUGCUUCGCAGCUGAUAGCCGUCCUCGCUGACAAUGUCCCAUCACAGAAUUUGGCGAAGAAUCCAGACGUGCCUGCCCUCAUUCCUCAUUCUUUGUUGUCCGCCGUGUCGUUAUGGGCUCGCUCCCCUUCAGGACUGUCUCAGCUAUCCUCGCAAAACCCGCCGCUCGAUCCUCAUGGCUACUCCAUGGUCGCACUUCUAGCUGGCACGAGAACGUCGCCUGAACGUAAAUUUCCAGUCAUCUCAUCUGCUUCGAAUAAUGACCCACAACGGGAAAGAAGUGACCGUCGUGCCAUUGUUGCCAUUCUCAAUGCAUUGCUCAGUAUUCUUGGCUCUGGUGCUGCAACGUGGUGGGCGGCACAACAACUCUCGUGGAAGAGUGAGUGGAGGGUACUCGUGGCCUUGCUUGUUGCUAUGGUGGUGGCCAUCUCAGAAAUUGUCCUCUACCUGAUAUGGGAUGCCCAUCGCUCGAAGAAGUCUUCGGCUCUCCGCCGAGCUCUGAGAAAAAACCAUCCACGCUAUUCCCCAAACGACAAAGUGACUCCAGAUCCCGCAGAUGGGGACGACCUACCCAGAUCUAGCGCAAAAAAACUCAAAAACACUGCAGAUGUGGAAUUGGAAGAUUCCUAUGCUUCGCUUAACGUAGAGCUUCAUACUGAAACUCGUGGAUUACGAGAACGGGUGCCUCAGUCUUCUGCUUCUCGACCACGAGUUAAGGAGCAAGGCAACAUGCCGCCGGCGAGCGUCGAUGAUUCUCACCAAACCUCAUGACAUGACAGUUCGUGUUCUGGAUCAGCCCAGAUGAGUUCUUAUCAUAAUUCUGCAUGUCGUUCGACAAUCCGUGGAGUUAGCCGACAAGAUUCGGAGAUGCGGCGGGAUACCAUCGUUCAGUCCAAGGCAACCGUAGUAAGGAAAUCCAAAGGGAGCUGUUCCAUUGAGCGCCCUGAUCAUCCAAGACAAUUACCAUACACUGUUACGGGACGCUAAAUGAAUGAACAGGGACUCCACGCGAACCUUACGAUUUGCAACGCGAUGCUGUAAUGCUGCUAUUCAUAAACGAUGCUGUUCAUUGUCAUCACAUCCAAACUAUAGACUUGACGUCUCAUU